AUGGCUCGGCUUCCUCUGCUGGAGGAGCUGCAGGCUUUGCUCCUCCACAGACUGCAGCUGGAGGACAAUAAUGCCAACUGUGAGAUGGAACUGGAAAAGUUGGCGAGGAACUUUGAAGAAGUGAGGAAGAAGUGGCUCCAUGCUGAAGAGACGCUCAAGACGUACAAAGAGCUGCUGGUGAAGUCGGACGUGGCCAAAGCAGCUCUGGAGGUCAAACUGAAACACGCUCGCAACCAGCUGGAUCUGGAGAUGAAGAAGCGCUACAAGAUUGAAGCAGACUUCCACUACCUGCAGCGACAGAUGCAGCUCAUGUGCGACAUCCUCAUCCAGGACAACACGUCCGCAGGCUACCUGAACGACGAGCAGAAGUCUCUCCUUGCCACGUUCGAGCGCAAAGGAUCAAACGCCACAUUGCAGCGUACCACUAAAAGGCUCUCAGUGAUUGAUGAGUCGUCCCUCCUGUCUCACUCUGACAUCAGCUACGACCGCACAUAUGAAAUACUGGAUACUGACACAGCUGAGAACAAGGCUCUGAAAUCUCGACCCAGAGCGAAAAGGCGCUCCUCCAUGGGUCCAGCAGCGAUGGCGAGGCAGAGCUGUAGCAGGAGCGCAGAGCUGCUGGAGAGCACCGUCGAGGUGGCGGAGGAGGUGGGGAACGUCGUCAAGGCGUCCAUGAAAACUCCACAGUCCAGAGGACCCAUCCCCAUGAUGGAGGGAACCACACAGGGGAGCCUUGAGAACCCGGAUGCCCCCAUGCAGGACGCUGAUCCAGAAGCAGCAGAUCAGACCUCGGUGUGGUCUCCUUGUGACAACACUCUGGUGGAAACCCCAACUGCACCAGAGGUUCCUGUAGCUCCCAGCAGAGAGCAAAUAAGCGUCAAACACGUCUUCAUCUCCAAAACGGUGAUCUGGACUGAGACCUGCCCCCCCUGUGGGAAGAGGACCCGCUUUGGGAAGAUGGCCGUGAAGUGCAGGAACUGUCACGUGGUGGUUCACCCUGAGUGUCAACAGAAGUUCAUCAGUGGCUGCCCAGCAACCGGCAUCGCCACGGGAAAGAGAGCCAGCAGGGACUCUCUGGAGGGCUUUGCUCCCCGGACUCGGCCUCGGGUCGCUCAGCCCAUCAAGGACUGUGUGGCUGAGAUUGAGAGGCGGGGCCUCCAGGAGAAAGGACUGUACCGGAUUCCUGGGGGCGAGCGGCAGGUGAAGGACUUGUGCGAGCAGGUCUUUCAAAGGAAACAGCCACUGCAGCUCAGUAAGGUGCACAACAUCCAUGUGGUUGGUGGUCUGCUGAAGGACUUCCUGAGGAGGCUGAAGGAGCCUCUGCUGACCUUCAAGCUGCACCCAACCUUCAUGGAAGCUGCAGAGCUGCAGGAUGAAGAAAGAACCUCCGCCAUCUUCUGUCGGGCUCUUUCAGAGCUGCCUCAAGUCAAUAAGGACACACUGGCCUUCAUUAUGCUGCACCUCCACACGGUGAUGAAGUCGCCGCUGUGUCAGAUGGACCGGAAGAACUUGACCCGGGUGUUUGGACCGACCAUCGUAGGUCACGGCAUGGCAGAGCCGUCUCCAUCCACCAUCUUGAGAGACGCCAACACUCAGCCUAAGGUGAUGAGCCGCUUGCUCUCCAUCCCAGAGGACUACUGGACCCGAGUCCUGCAGAACGAUCAUUCUCCCUCAACGUUCUCCAGCAGCAGUCGCCUAUUUCAGCCGCUGACGUCUCCAGAAAACAGAUCCAACGUCAACGAGAUGCGCACCACGCUCAGCACACGUGAAGCCAGGCCCAUGAAGAAGUUCUUCACGUCUCCCACUGCCAGCGAGCGCUAA